UGUCCGAUUCAGAAGAUGAAGCUGCAGAUGAAGACAAGGAAGAGCCUGAAGCAGAAGCUGGUGGGAUAAUUGAAGAUGUGCCUGCACCACCUGCAGAUGAAGAAAUGCCACCACCUUCAAAAAAGAAGAAAGUUGAAUCUGAUGAUUCAGAUGAUGAUGUUGACAGGAAAAUGAGGGAAGAUUUUAUAUCAGAUUUCGAUCUCAUGAUGCAAAAGAAGAAGGAAGAGAGCUCUAAGAGGAAACGACGAAGAGAUGUCGAUUUAAUCAGUGAUAGUGAUGACCUGAUUGCAGAUAUUAUCUCACAAAUGAGACAAGCAGCUGAGGAGGAUAAGGAAUUAAACAAGCAAAAGAAAACAGCUACCAAAAAGUUGAAAAUUUUAUCUAUGGUUAUGUCACAAUUGAAGAAGCAAGAUCUGAAGAUGGCAUUCUUAGAACAAGGUGUCUUGCAUGUGAUUGCAGAGUGGUUGGCACCAUUGCCAGAUCGUAGUUUACCUCAUCUUAAUAUACGAGAAGGCAUGCUAAAACAGCUCAGUGAUUUACCUUCAUUUGACCAGAGCCUUUUAAAGUCAAGUGGAAUCGGUAAAGCACUGAUGUACCUAUACAAACAUCCAAAAGAAACCAAAGAGAACAGAGAAAGGGCAGGGAGACUUAUAACUGAAUGGGCACGUCCUAUUUUUAAUGUAACUACAGAUUACUCAGUAUUAUCAAAAGAGGAAAGAGAACAAAGAGAUCAUGACCAUAUUCCAAAGAAGCGUAAAUUAAAAGAUCGGGACGCUCCACAAGAAGAUGAAGCAGCACAAGAAAAGAAAGAUAUAGAGAAAGAGUUAACAGGAGAGCAAAAAUCUGUUCGGCCGGGGGAUAAAGGAUGGAUAGCUCGAGCCCGUGUUCCUAUGCCUUCAACUAAGGACUAUGUUAAUAGACCUAAAUGGAACAUUGAUGUUGAAUUCUCCAAAGGUCCUUCAAAGAAACCUUUGAACAGACUAGAAAAGCACCUGAGGUUAAUGCAAGAAAAGAAAAGAUUGAGCAAAGGACAAAGAGCAAUUACAAUUAGUAUUGAAGGCCGAAAAAUGGCAAUUUAAUAAAUAAUAUAUAUAUUUUUUGUUUUGUAAAAUGUGUUGUAUAAUAUCUGGAUGUUAAAUGCUUGGUAAUAAAAUUUUUGUAUAAUA